UCGUUUCUCCGUUGGAUGAAUAUUGCGGUCCACGUGGCACGAAUCAGCGGCGGUGUCGCACGGCGGGUAAACGCGGCACCGCCGCACAGAAUUUUCUUCCCUAUAGAACCCCACCCCUUCCGUCCGUCAGCCUCUCCAUCGUCAUCCAGGGCAACUCAACUAGCACGGUUGCAAGAUGCCGUCCAGCUAACCAAUACUUCCCGACGCAAGCAGCCCCAACGAGCUAGACUAGAAAAUACCGGCAGGCAGAGCAAGGGAAAAAGCGCACACGCUUCUACCACACCAACAAAUAAACCAACCUCACUCGCCAUGGGCCUCUCCAGCGGCCUCCACGACGUCUCCGGCGCCGCGCCACUGCCGCUCCUCCUCCUGGCGUCCGUCGCCUCUUCGCUCGCGUCUCUCUUCUCCGUCGUCAGCUCCCCUGGCGCCGGCGCCAACCCGAACACCACCACCCCCUCCUCCGUCCGUAUUUCCGGCCUCGACGCGCUCGUGGUGCUCGCGGACUGUCUCGCGGCAUCCUACGUCUCUACCGCGGAUGGGGCCACCGCGGCAGCUGCUGGCGACUGCACGGUGUGCCUGUCGGCUAUCGCGGAGGGCGAGCGCGUGCGCACGCUCGCCUGCCGGCACGCCUUCCACGCGGCCUGCCUGGACGGCUGGUUCGACCAGAGCAGCCUCUCCUGCCCGCUCUGCCGCGCCGGGCCAGCCGCGCGAGAUGACGAUGCUCGGCGGCGCAGCGCCAGCGAGGACGCCGUCUCGUGGUUCGCCCGUUUCUGACCACAAGAUGAAAAUUAAAGAGUAGUGCAGAUACAAGAGUGCUUCCUUCUUUCUCUAUUGCAUUUGGCAUCGUACCCUUUCCUAGGAUAUAUUAGCAUGCUCGCAUGAGCCUAUCGGAGGGACUGUUUUGUAAUAUCUUCAACAGAAGAAACAAGAACAAGUUGUUGUUUUCGCUAGCUGACGGAGACAUGGAAUGGGACAAGACAUAGUACUCGACACCAGUUCGAGUAAUGAGUACAGAGUGUUGUCAUGUCUUUUUACACCUUUUGUAAAAUGCAUGAGAUUUUAAACCUGAUUAGGUAAAACCUUCUAUAACCACUGUACUACAGCCCCAAGAUAGUGAUUUUAUA